AUGACCACUUCAGAGAAGAGAUUGUCGUCAACCGUUCUGGAAAUGAAGUUCAUGCAGAGAACUAAAAGGAAGCUGGAAGCAAAGGAAAGGAAAAAGCGAGAAGCUGAAGCGAAGAAGCAAUGUCUAGGUGAAGACGAAGAUGUUGCUUCUUCGGAAGCUUCGAAGUCCUGUGAGUACCAAUACUCUACUGAUCUGACUUUUUUGGAAGGAUUGAAAUUCGGCCGAAUGUCAUUCAAAGGAUGUAAUCCAGAAGUAGAGAAAUUGAUGGCUUAUUACGAACGAAAGAUGAUGGGUUACGAAUCGGACUCAGAGUCCGAUGAUGGGAAGGAUGUUGGUGAUGUUGAAAUGGCAACAACAUUACGCGGACCUGGUACGAGUAUUGCGCGGAAAUUCUACGAACCGAAGAAACUUUCGCGUCUGACUCGUUCAACGGAUUCCCUAAAUGAAGUCUCAUCAAACGAACGACUAAACUUCUCAGAUUUUCGGAAAAGAACUGCAGGUGAUGCGUGGACGGCGAAUAUUGAUUCUCCACCAAAGAAAUCCAGAAAAAGUAGUUAA